CAAACAGAAUGAGUUUCAAAAUAGCAACGCCUAUAUAGACCCAUCGGCAGCCACCGGACUCCUCGCCGCGACCACCACCACCGCCAUCACCACCGCUUCGAGCACAGCCCAUUCGCUGCCUAGCGACCAAAUAUGCCCAAGUCCACUGAGCUCGCCACGAUGCCAACGAGAACGUCUUCGGUUGAGACCCUUUGCAACGAGGAUCCAGGCGAGAGCCUCCUGUCCCAGCCAAAACCCGCUCAACCAGCCCCCGCCUUUGGUCCGUGGCUUCACCCGGUGGAGUGUCUCAUCAACACAGCCCGAGACGAGCCCAAGACCCCCAUGAUCAACACUUAUGAGAAUGGCACUCCAAAGCUCUAUACCUAUCUUCAGGUUUGGGAGAUUGCGUUCUCGCUUGCACAGAAGCUCAAGCUCCUUCCGGGCUGGAACGACGAGGGCCACGACGUCAUCGGCACCAACUGCGAGACCGAAGCGCACUGGCUCUUCUAUUCGUUUGCCGUCUGGAUGCUUGGAAAGAAAACGAUCAAUUUCGCACCCAACCUUCCUGGACAUGCUCGCAGCGUCAUUUGUCAGAGAUAUGCUGUCAAGUACAUUCUCUACCAUAUGAUCGAGCCGGGCAAGACAGAAGGCGUGAUGGCUUUAGACGCCUCAUUGCUCUUGGAGCCCGGUACCGCACCUGCACCCACACCUUCUAUCGAAGCAUGCGAGCCUCUGGAUGAGUUUGUUACCUACAUAUGCACCUCCGGCACGACUGGCGUUCCGAAGACAUACAAGUAUUCUCACUUUGGGGCGAUAACCACCCGUGCUUCUGUUGGCUUGACUUACUGUCGCGUAGGAUUGACGCAGGGGCCGUCUUUCUUGGGAACGUUUGGCUUUUGCAUGGGUGCCCUGAAUGUGAAGGGAUCUCUCUGGUUUCCGAAGCCAAGCCAGAACCAGCUGGAUCGAGUGUUGAGUGUCAUCGAGCUGUUGAAUGAUGGCCUCGAGUUCAUGUUCAUGCCUCCGUCAUUUGUGAGAAUGGUCUUUGGGAUUGCUCAGUCGAUCAACGCCGAAAUCAAAUGGGAAAACGUCAAAAGAGUCGUUAUGGGCUCGGAGCUCGUACCUGUCUCGUUGUUCGAUCAAGCAAAACAACUGUGUCCAAAUGCUGAAAUGCAGUCAGCAUACGCAUCGAGUGAGUCGGCUGUAAUAGGUGCUUCGGCAUUUCUGAGGCUGAUCCCAUCCGAGCCCACUCCGGAGAAGUUGGUCUACAAGCUGGCCAAGCCUGGCGUUCGCUGUCUCCUCUUUGACGAGGAAGGCAACAUUGUCGACCAGAGUGUCUCCAAGAGUGGUGUGCUCGUUCUGGCUGUCGACAAGGAUGACCCCAUCAAGGACCAUCCCAACUUCACCACCGCCGAUCCGAAUGACAAGCUCGCCUCGUUCGGCUUCCUCGAAGAUGGCUCACCUCGAAUCUGCACCAUGGACUGGGUCGAGAUGGUUGGCGAGAACCAGUUCACUGUCGUCGGAAGAUUCGACCAGAAGAUCAAGGUCAACGGCGUCUAUGUCGACCUCAACGCCCUCGAGGAGCUGGCCAACGAAAACAUGUCCAAGGUCAUCUCGGACUGCACCUUCAUCCAGACCUCCGAGAAGAAGAUCGUGAUGCUCUUUGUCCGCAGAAGCGGCUCUGAGGUCAACCCCACUCCUGCCGAGCUUCUGCAGCUGACCGAGGACAUGUUUGCGCUGACAAACGUCGCCAAGUUCCCGAUCCACAACUGCUUCGAGCUCGACGAGUUCCCCUUCAACGACUCGGGCAAGCGCGACCUCAAGAAGCUCAGGCGCAUCGCCGAGAAUGUCGAUCAGUUCGGCAAGUCGGUCGAGUACCCUCGUUUGAAACUCGCCAACACUCCCCUGUCCCGCACUGCCGCCAAGAUCUCCACACUUGGAAGCCAGAUCAUCGACAUUGCCGCCCUCGACGGCCGCAACUACUACAUCGGCGGCGUCGGCUUUGACUCGCUGAGUGUCGGUCGUCUGGCCCUCGCCAUCAAGGACGAGUUCAAUGUCGAGAUAUCGCCUCUGAUCCUCCUGUCGAACGGAAUGACACCGACUGAUGUCGCCCAGCUGGUUGUCGACAUCCUCGACGACAAGCCCCUCAUUCCCCCGACUGUUGAUCUGGCUGCCGAGGCCGCCAAGCUCGACGAUGCGAGUGUGACGGCCGAGGGUCUUCCUCCGUUUGUCUAUCCCAAGGACCCUCGCGGCAUCGUCCUGACCGGUGCCACUGGCUUCCUCGGUGCCUUCCUGGUCUUUGAGCUGGCCCACAAGUUCCCUCGGGCCAAGAUCUACUGCCUGGUCCGAGCCAAGGACGAGCAGGUGGCUGUCGAGCGCAUCAUCAGCACGGCUCAGAAGCUGGUCCUCGAUCCGAGCCAGAGAGCCUUCCUCGACCACAACCUCAAGUCUCGACUCGUUGGACUGUGCGGCAACCUGUCGCAGGACAAGUGGGGACUCUCGGACGAGCGAUGGAAGGAGAUCAGCGAGGAGACCGACACGAUUGUCCACAACGGCGCCGAGGUCCACUGGCUGUUUGACUAUGACAGACUCAGGGGACCCAACGUCCUCGGCACGACGACGGCCCUGAGACUGGCCACAACCCACCACCUGAAGCCGCUGCACUACAUCUCGACCAUCGGCACGAUCCCGAUGGCCAAGAAGGCAGACAAGCCGCUCGAGGAGAAGAUCUACUCGGCCUGGAACAUCUCUGGCGGGUAUGGCCAGACCAAGUGGGUCUCUGAGCAGCUGGUCAACAAGGCACGAUCGAGGGGAGUGCCGGUGACGAUCAUUCGCCCAGCCGUCAUUGCUGGCGACAGCCAUUACGGAGUGUCCAACUCUGAUGACUACAUCUGGCGAUAUGUCAAGGGAUGCAUCCAGCUUGGUGUUGCUCCCUCGCACGCCACUCCUGUCACGAUGACCAUGGAUCCCGUCGACCAUGUUGCCAAGGUGGUUGCCGAGAUUGCCGGCUCGGAGGAGUCCCUGUCCAAGUUUGUGUUUCACAUCAGCGACUCGGAGCACAGUGUCCUCACUGAGACCCGGCUGUUUGAGAUUGUCAGGAACCAUGGCUGGCCGAUCCUGUUCGAGACCCGCGAGCAGUUCAAAGAGGCCUUCCACUCCCAUCCCGCCGUCGAGAGCAACGCCCUGUUCCCGCUCAUGCACAUGAUGAUGGACAUGUCCUUCAAGAUCGACAACGCCAACACCCGCUCGAUCUACCCGGCGCCGUGUCCCUCGCUGGAGGAGGUUGUCGAGAAGUGUCUCAACUAUCUGCACCACGUUCGCUUCUUGGGUGAUCCCCUGGACCCGUCUUCGUCCUUCAAGAUCAAGUAUCCCGAGACCAGCGCGGCCACCCGCACAGGGCGCAAUUGAUUUGUGAGCGUUGAUCGCUCGUCUGUGCCAGUCACUUGGCCCAAGUCAUUCCACGUCCCUCGAGUCCGAUGUUGGCUCCAUAUGCAGCCUCUGCCAAGAAUCGAUUGUGAGACUGAGCUCCGUGGUGUCUAACUGUUCUGCAAGCGGCUGCCACACGGCGUGUUAAUACACAUUACUGUAUAUUUCAAGGU